GCCUAACUUUGUCUAACUUCGUCUAACUUCGUCUAACGUCGUCUAACGUCGUCUAACGCAACCUAGCACGGUCUAGUAUACAUCUCACGCCGUCAUAUCCGUCAUAUCCGUCAUGUCCGUCAUGUCCAUCGUCCCCUCUUAGACCUCUCCUCCGCCGCCAGUCUCUCUGCCGCCAAUCUUUCUGCCGCCAGUCUCUCUGCCGCCAGUCUCUCCGCCGCCAGUCUCUCCGCCAUUCCCCCAUUCCCCCAUUCUCUACCCUGAAUGGCCUCGCAAUGACCUCUUUAUCCUACUCCAAAGGAUCUAUGCACCAUCUUUUUAUCCAUAAUCCCACUCCUCCCCCCCUCACCGACGACAUCUCUCCCAGCACCACACGCGACUCGCCGCUCCACAUAUCAACAGCAGCUAUCGCCGCGCCGACCCCCCACACUCGUUUUUCUUGAAUCCGGAUUCGGACUGACUCGGUUGGUUCCUGGAUAUAUCGACUGCGACUACGUACGUUCCACCACCACCGCGAACCCACGACGAGCCUUCGGCCUCCACACUUUCACCUACCUACCUCGACUCGAACCUUGGGGAUUACGAAACGUCGUCCCUUUUUGCCCUUUCUUUCCUCUCCUUUCGACCUUUCUUCGGCGUCUGUUCGUUGUGUCUCUCUUUUACGUGUUGCGCUGGGGAUAAGGGAUAAUGGUUGUGAAGUACGAGAAUGUGAAAUGGGUUGAUGGCCUCCGCGGUCUCGCCUCUGUCUCCGUGGUCAUCACCCAUCUCGCGCGCACCUUCGACCAGAUCCUCUUCUACCCCAACACCGGCGGCAGCCCCGACAACCACCCCUACGUCCUCCAAUGGCCCAUCAUCCGCGUCUUCGUGCAGGGCCGCAUCGGCAUCGCCAUCUUCGCCCUCGUAACCGGCUACGUGUGCGCGCUCAAGCCGAUCCGACAGUCCAAGUCCGGCAACAUCGACGGCGCCCUGACGAGCGUUGCCAAGUCAGCAUUCAGGAGAAUCCCGCGGCUCUUUCUGCCGACGACGAUCGCGACUUGUAUUAUGUGGGUGCUGAGCCAGUUGGGGGCAUAUGAUGUUGCGGAGGCGACGGAUAGUUACUGGUUGAUUACGACGAGCCCGGUGCAUCGUCGGCCGUUUAGCGCGGCGGUGCAUAGUCUGUUCCGCGAGAUCAUGAUGACGUGGACUGUGCUGCAGAAUAAUUAUGAUCCGAAUCAGUGGACGCUGCAGCCGCUGUUGAAGGGGAGUAUGAUGGUGUAUAUGCUUAUCUUUGGGACGAUCUAUAUGCAGCAGAAGUACAGGAUGAUGACUAGUCUGGCGUUUUACAUGUAUUUCUUCUUGGCCGGCGAAGUCACAUUCAGCAUGCAAUUCUUCUUCGGCAUGUUCCUCUCCGACCUCUCCCACCACCAGCCCACCCUCGACUUCAUCAACGCGCGCAUCUGGAUCCGCCGCUUCCUCCCCCCCCUCCUAAUGCUCAUUGGUCUCUGGAUCGCCUCCUACCCCGAACACCACGCCGAAUGGUCCAACUGGUCGCAGCAGCUCCAAGACCUCUCCACCUACAUCCUCCUCAUGAAGCAGGACACCGCGCGCUUCUACACCGGCCUCGGAAUGGACUUCAUCUGCGUCGCCAUCUUCCUGUCUCCCACCCUCAAAUACGUCUUGAGCAGCAAGUACCUGUUAUGGCUGGGAAAGAACUCCUUCGCCGUCUACCUCAUCCACGGCACUUUGAUCCGCACUGUUUUAACAUGGUGCAUGUACGGCGUAUCGAUCCCGGCGAAGGUCGAGAAGGAGGUCGAUGGUGAGAUGACGCUAGUGAACGGCCCGGGAUUGAAACACGGCGGGUACGUGUACAUGACGGUUUUCAUCCCUCUCUUCUUCGUGCUGCUGUACUUUCUCGCCAAUCUGUGGACCAUGCAUGUUGAUCCGCUGUGCGCGAGGUGGACGGCGGCGUUUGAGAGGGCGACGCUGAAUGAGAGCGAGAAGACUACGUCGAGUGGGUCGGGGGGGCAGGGGUUGUUGAGUCAGCCGCCUGCUUGAGCAGUAUCUCUCUUCUUUGUUUUUUGGGAUGUGGUAUUGAUGGGUCGGCCGGGGGAAGGCGGUACGGCAAGUGUCGAAUGAGACGAUAUGGGGUGUCUUUGCAUAGCCAAGUGCAUAUGGGAGUGUUUCCUCCCACUACAGUUUUUGUUGCUCAUUUCCGUCGUCACCUAGGGAAGGGAUAUAGUUAUGAAAGCUGGGGGGGUUAGAAUGGAUCGAGAUACGAUCGCGAGAUGGGGUUUACAUUUUGAUGCCCAUCAUCAUCCGACCAACGCUACGGCUUUUUGUUUUCUUUGUUUCCGCUACCUACCUAACUCUUGUCUACUACUACUACUUUUGUACGAUUAAGAGAGGAGGAUCGAUUGUGGUAUACUUUUUGCUUGUAUGUAUGGAGAAGAAUAUAUACCUCCAUCUUGAUGGGACGACGGAAAGGGGAUUGUGUAUCAUGGGAGGGAUAGAGAGGGGGUAUAGAGUAGUAUGUACGGAAAUGGAACAGUAUAUACAGUAUAUACGAACCCCUAAUCGAUGCUGCUUAGGAGCGCUUAAUCUGCCUUGAGAGUGCCUUACGCCACGACCUCCUUGGCAGUAUUUGUACGGCAUCAUUGUUUACAACAAUUAUAUCACGUGCUGG